AUGAGUGAAUGGGCUUCUGGCGGUGACGAAAACGACGAAGAAGAUGAUAUUUAUCAGAAAUACAAACAAACCGAAGUUAGAGAAGGUAUUGCCUUUUUGAUUGAAAUCACUCCCGAUUUAUUACAACCUUCGUUGGAGUUUAGCCAUCACCAAAGCAAACUCUAUGAGAUUCUCUCAAGUAUCAAUGAACUAGCUCAAGAGUUGAUCAAGACUAGGAAAAACACCGGGAUUGGAAUCUAUUUUUAUAACAAUGUGGCUCACGCGCCGGUUUCAGCACGAAAGAAGCCUCUUGGAUUCUGUCAUCUUUUCCCCCUUGUUGAACUAAAUGCCCAUUACAUGAAACGGUUAAGUGAUUUGGUUCUUGAUGCAACUACUGGGAUCAUACCCUUGGAUAAAGUAUUUGAGUACCAACCAAUGGCGAAUGAAGAGCAUUUGGCUACGAUAUUGAGCAAGAUGAUUGACCAAUUGGCAAAACAUACUUUUUUCAACAAGAGAAGGUUAGUUUGGAUUACAACUAACGAUAAGCCGUAUACGAAGCAAUCUAGCAAAGAGUCAUUAUGGAGGGUUAUUGAUGAUUACUAUGAGUACAAGUUUCUCAUUGACCCGUUUUUCAUCAAGCCCGCGGGUGCAAAGGAGUUUAAUUUUCAGCUAUACAAGGAUUUGUUUAUGAAUACCAAUUUUCUCAAGCGGGAGAAGCAAACAAAAUCUUCAAAUCAGGCAGCCCCUGUGGGAAAAGAAGUGAAAGAAGAAGAAGAAGAAGAAGAGCCAGCGUUUGGAUUCUCAAAGGAUAGCCCCACUUUCCAACGACUGAUGUUGGGAUCUCAGAUUCGUGAUAGUAUAAUGAGCAUGAAGAAUGUGCGACGAGUCUUGUUCACUUGCAAUUUGGUCUUAAGCAAUGGCGGAACUAUUGGCGGAGGGUUAGGGUGCACCAUUAAAGCGUAUCAGCUUUACAGCCAUGAAAAAGUGAAAACCCGCGAGUUGUUGUUGUAUACCAGAGACGAGGAAAUGAAAAAAGUUUACACCGAGUCUCUAUUGGUGAAAUCUGGGAAUUCAGUCGACCUGCGGGAUAUGGAAAUAAUCAAGAAUAAGAAUGAGUCGGGAAAGUCUAAUAGGGAUCAAAAGGAAGAGAGCAUGAUACAAAAAGGGUUUACCUUGGGCGGUGGCCAGGAGAUUUUAAUGUUGAAUAAAGAACAGAUGGAUUUUAUGAAAGAUUAUACGUUUGAUCAUCAGCUACAGGAGAAGUCAGAGCGAGAUCCAAAUGAUAUUGAAACUGCUGGAGUAAUUGACCAAGAUGACGAUGGGGAUGCAGAUGGAGAGGAAAUCGCGAUCAAGGCAUUUUCCAAACUGCCCUAUUUGCAGUUAGUUGGCUUUAGAGACGUGCAGCACUUCAACAUGUCAAUGUGUUGCGGUUAUGCCAUCUAUGUCUCUGCUGACCUUUCCGGCUCGACUAAUAGCACGAUCGAAGGAACAUUCACCAACUCCUUGCGCACUUUUGCCUCGCUAUACCGAUCGUGUGUCAAAUUGAAGCAAUAUGCAAUAGUCUUUGGCUGCUUGAGGCGGAACAUGCGGCCGCGACUUUUCGCAAUGUACCCCACUGGAAUGACCAACUCAACCAAGAUUGGUGAGCUGAAAGAUGAAUCGCGCCAGUUUCCCGAGGGGUUUUUGUUGAUUCGUAUGCCAUGGGUUGAAGAUGUAAGAGCACUCCCUGGUGACUUUAUUGCAGGUGUGAAGAGGAACAACACGGAGCAGGAAGAGUCGCUGACGUUGACCGAUGGAAGCUUGGUGAAAUCGAUGAAACAACUUAUACGCCAACACGAAUGGGGUUCAUAUAAUCCCCAAGAUUGGCCCAAUGCAUCGCUCAAUUAUUUCUACAAUGUCAUCAAGCAUGAAAUCUUGAAGAUCCCCUAUCCGCCCGUGGAGCGAUCGUUGCUUAAACACGACAAGACGAUUUUUGCCUUGAAGCAGCUUAAAGCGGGGCUCACCCGGGAGUCGAAACUGUUGAUCAGUGAGAUCAAUCAACGCAUUGGUGAAUUGACUCAGCGUGCAGCUAAGCGGGAAUUGGAAGAGGACGAUCUACUAGCUCUGGCGAACCAUGAACAACAUGUCAAGAAACAGAAGCGGGAAAGCAGCGCGUUGAGUGAGGAAAUGGUGUUGGUUGCUUGGAAGAAUGCCUCGUUGCAGAAAUUCAAUAUCGACCAGUUGAGGGGUUUUUGCAGGAGAUAUCCCGACAUUAGGACUGCUUCUAGAAAGGCCGAGUUGAUUGAAAAUAUCAAAGAGUAUUUGGAAGCUAAUCGCAAGAAAAGUUGA